GGAAGCAAACCCUGUCGUUUCUACCACCCAAGAAGAUAACGGCGGCGAUGGCGGAUAUCUUACCACCGUUAACGACGAAAGAAGCCUUUGAGAAAGUUGAUAACUCGAACCUCACUCGUCCUGUUGGAUAUGACUACGUCGAUAACGAAGCUCACGACCUGUUAAAGCGUGGUUAUUUCAGGGGUUUAUAUUUAGACUACUACCCUGCCUUUUUUGAUGAAAAGCUUCUUAUCAGUGCAAGGACGGAGCCAGAACAUUAUGAGCUUGGUGCCUCCUACUACUUUCACCCAAAGCUGCAAUUUAGUGGAUAUGUUAAUACUUAUGGUGGACUAACUGCAGUAGUGUACGCCAGAACUGAUAAUUUGAUUAUUGUUGCAGGGACUGAGCUGAGAAAUGCACGUUUGUACAUGGCAGGAGCGGGCUUUGAAUACCUGGCUCUAAACUACAGAGCUCAACUUGAACUUUCGAGCGAGAGGGAUAUCGGCGUAUUUAGAGCAUCAUAUAUCCACCGUGUGACACCUCGUCUAUCUUUGGGUGGUGAGUUCUUCUGGUCCAGUGUGUAUCAAAAGUUGGGUGUAGGUUAUGCUGCAAGAUACGAGACCGAUAAGAUGGUCGCCUCUGCGAAAGUUGGAAGCACUGGUGAUGUACUUAUGACUUAUGUUCGUAAGAUUUCAAAAAAGGUUUCACUCGCCACUGAUUUUGAGUACAACAUCUUUUCAAGAGAUGAUGUUAUAGCUAGUGUUGGAUAUGAAUGCAAGAUUUCUAAACAGUCUACUGUCCAGGGAAAGAUUGAUUCUAACGGUGUUGCAUCUGCAUUUCUUCGGAAAAAAUUAACUAUGGGUCUCGAGUGUCUUCUAUCUGCAAGUUUGGGUCGUAAGAACAGGGAUUGCAAGGUUGGUUUGAGGUUAAUAUGUGGUUAAGAACUGCAUAAAAGAUGAGCAAAGGACAAAGACUACAUGAUAUGAAUGUGUAUAUGAAUGGAGAAAAGAAUUAACUAGUACAGAGUAGAGACUCUUUUUUUGUUUAGGUUAGAUUCAGAUAUUUAGUGGGUUAGACUGGUGCAACUGCAUUGUCAAGUGAGUUAGCAAUUUGUUAGCUUUCUUGUUUUCCACAAGAACUAAUAUAAUAUACUUCAUUCC